GGCUGGAUGCCUCCCAGAGCUUGGGCAUCAGGGGUUCUGCCACAAUUCCCCAGAAGGCCCACAAAGCAAAGAACCCACUGCCUGUGCCGCAGCAGGCCUGCGAGGGUGGGAAGGACAGCAACGGCACCACCAGGAGAGAGGAGGCUCCGCACCUUGACCGACUGGCCUCCGCUGCUCCAAAACCUGGCCCCGAGGAGAGGGGCGGCCAGAGGGCGGCCGUUGGGCCAAUCGCAGAGCCCAAUUACAUGAGCUACCCUCCCAGCAAGCACAGUGGGGCCUGCCAGCAGAGACAUGUCCAGCAGCAGUGCGAACCCUGGCUGUCCCGGGAGGAUGGCAAGAUCUGUCCCCAGACCACCCCCAUGCUGCACUCUCUCUCCCGGGAGGGUGUGGUCUCCUGGUCGGACCCCCGGACCGACGAGGCUGGAGCAGAAGGAGCCCCCCAGGGGGGUAAGCAGGUGAGACGGAGCGACCGCUUCGCCACCACUCUGCGCAACGAGAUUCAGAUGAAGAGAGCCCAGCUGCAGAAGAGCAGGAGCGCAGCCACCCUGACCGGGCCCAGCGAGGUCGAGGAAGACAACGCAGAGCAAGAGGCCUGGAGGCUCAGCUCCACUGAGGCCUCCACCAACUCGGCAUCUACCUCCUCCGAUGGCUCCUUCACCAGCUCCUACAAGGACAACCUGAAGGAGGCUCAGGCUCGAGUCCUGCAGGCCACGUCCUUCAGGAGGAGAGACCUGGAGCCUGUGCAGCAGGAGAACUCUGCUGGGGCUGAUGGGCUCCCCCAUCCCCCGUCCUCCUGCUCUACCCUGCCGCUCCAGGGCAGGCCGGCCCCGCUUGCCGUGGGUACCCAGGUGUCCCGGAUCGGGGGCCGGAAGCGUUUCUCCGCGGAGAAGAGGCUGCGCUCAUUCUCCGAGCCGGACAAGAUCAACGAGGUGGGCGUGGUGGUGGAGCUCACCCGUGGUGAAGCCAGCGGGUCCUUCGCCGACCGCCGUAAUUUCUUUGAGGCAACCGGCCGGCUGGCUUUCCUGAAGCCUGCACCCAAGCAGGCCCAACGGAGCUCUCCUGAGGACCAGAGUGAACCCAAACCCGGUAGGGAAUCCUAUCCGGGGAGCGAAAGCAGGCUGAUGGGGGCUCCAGAAGAGCCUGAGCCCGCCCACGUGGACAGGCAGGCCCAACUGGAGCAGCACCGUCUCGGCACCUUCGCUGAGUAUGAGGCCACCUGGAACGUGCAGAGGAAACCAACGGAAGCAAGGCCUUCUGGGAGAUACCACUCUGCUGACAACAUCCUGGACCCUGGUGUGGAGGAGCGGAACAAACCUUCAUACGUCCAUGAGCGGUCCCGAUCGUCUCCGUCCGCCGAUUUCCAUGGAGAGAACAUUCCAGUCGCGGGAAGGAAGUCUGCCGAGUAUUCUCAAGCGGAGCCUAAACUUGCCGGACAGGAGACAACUGUUCCCAGGGUGAUUGAGGGGGCGAGCAGCAAGCCCAGAGAGAGAGAAACGACGGCGCAGCUGGCCGACGGCAUCCUAGCCCUUCCCCUCCAACCCGUUUCCCUCAGCCCCGCCCCCCUACACCACCAUCACCCCGACCCAGGGGAACCCCACCAGGCUCUGCCCCCAGGCCCCCAGAAGAAGGGCCCCGCACCAUUGAGGCCCCCCCCUCCAAAGCUGGACCGCUGCCGCCGUCCCGAAAGUUUGUCCCCCCUCAGCGACUCCCAGGAGUCUCUGCCCGGGCCCCCAGGCAACCAAGCCACCACGCCACGGAGUCCCGCUGCAGAACCGUCCCCCCUCUCCCCCAGCCAGGGCUCUCCAGCAACCCCGCCUGGGGAAGUCCUCCCAAAACCGGAGGCAUCUGCCCUUCCCCCCUCCUCCACCUCUAUCUCCCACAUGCCGGCCAGCCUGCUUCAGCCCUCCAUGGACGGCCAGCGCUCCCCCUCCCCGCAGUUCGUCCCUCAGAGACUGACCGACCGCCCGCCCGUCUCCCUGCAAGAGGACACUACCAGCAGGCAGGGGAAGCUGUCGGAGAGUAACCCCUCAGUGAGGAAAGUUCCAGUAAAGAUCGUGCACCAGGCGGUGAGCAGUGUGGAGCGAGAGGCCCAGGCGUACGCCCCGCAGAGCGAGACCCCAGCCACCCCGCCCCUCGCCAGCCUGGGCUCGCCCGAGCCGUCCUACUCCCUGUUCUGCACCUACACACGGCCCAGAGAACCCCAGCUCGAACCCCAGCUCGAGGGGCCCCUGGCCCACCCCACGGCCCCACAGGAAACUCAACCCCCGCAAGUUGUGGCCAGCUCCGAAGAGGACCGGAAGAGGGAGGAGCUGGCCAGGGACAUUUUGGGGAGGGAUAAAUCCCUGGCUGAUAUCCUGGAUCAGACCAAGAUGAAGACCACAAUGGACUUGAUGGAGGGCAUCUUCCCCCAGGGCGAGCAACUUCUGGAGGGGGCACAGCAGCGCCGGAAAGUGCCCCCCAAACAGACCUCCCCCAAGAGCACUGAGGAGAGGCAGGAGGAGGACAGUUUGGCGGCCUCGGUUGCCUUGGUUACCAGCUCCUCAUACUACAGCACAUCGGCACCCAAGGCAGAACUCCUGAUCAAGAUGAAGGACAUGCAGGAGCAGAUCGAGGAACAGGAUUCUGAGGACGAGCUGGACAUCGACCUGGCCAACAAGAAGCAAGAGCUGAUCGACAGCCUGAGCAGGAAGCUGCAGGUUCUGCGGGAGGCGAGGGAGAGCCUUCUGGAGGACAUCCAGGCCAACAAUGCCCUGGGAGACGAGGUGGAGGCCACCGUGCAGCAGGUGUGCAAGCCCAACGAGCUGGACAAGUUCCGCAUGUUCGCCGGCGACCUGGACAAGGUGGUGAGCCUGCUGCUGUCGCUGUCCGGCCGCUUGGCCCGCGUGGAGAACGCCCUGAACACGCUGGAGGAGGGCGCCGCCCCGGGGGAGAAGCGCACGCUAACAGAGAAACGCAAGCUGCUGAUUCGUCAGCACGAGGAUGCCAAAGAGCUGAAGGAGAACCUAGACCGGCGCGAGAGGGUAGUCUACGACAUCCUGGCCAGCUAUCUGGACGAGGACCACCUGGCUGACUACGAACACUUCGUCAAGAUGAAGUCGGCCCUCAUCAUUGAGCAGCGCAAGCUGGAGGACAAGAUCAAACUGGGGGAGGAGCAACUCAAGUGUCUGAUGGACAGCCUUCCGCUGGAGCAGAGGUUGCCCUUCUGAACCAGGCCCUUCUGAACCAGGCCCAUCUCGCCACCAGAGGGCGCCAGCGAUGCGCACUCUGUGCCAGACAAGCAAAGGACUGUGGCCGGUUUGCCCGUGUGUUCUUCUUCAGUGGUUGCUCUGCUUUGACUCUAAUGUGUUUUAAAUUCCUUAGAAAUGCAGAGACUUUGCCACACUGGGAGGGAGAGCUGCGACUGCUGUAUAAGGGAGUGUCUGGAAAUUAAACAUUCUGUAGCACAUGCAAACACAAAUGCUCAAAAUGUAUUUUUCUGAUUCAGGGAUGCAAUUCACCCAAGUGAUUUUGCCUAGGGUAACAAUCUCCCAAAAUGACCAGCUUUUUGGAGUGGUGCAUUGUUUUAAUACUGUCUAAACAUUUGAAAACAAAAAUAAAUGAACUUUUCUUUUUUAGUAAUUUAUUAUAGCCUUCUGAAUAAAUAUGGAGGAGUUGAAUAGAACAGUAUUGUACCCGUUUUUGGCCAGGUGUAGCAAAAGUGAAACAUGCCAGUAAUCGUUCAUGUGCUUUGAGGCGUAUCUCUGCAUUGUUUAGUCUAGCGUGCAUUAACACUACUGUGAUGAUUUGACCAUAUUUAUGGACGAAAAAACACAGAACUUUCUUUGUUUCAUAUUAGCCAAGCAGCAAUGAUUCAGCAAAGAUGUGUUCAGGAAAUGGACAUCAGUCCUUCUGGUUUUGUUUUGUGUUGUCUGCAAUCGCACAUUCCGUUUUGCUUGUAUUUGAUUCCAAGACAGCUUCAAGACAGCUUUAGUAUCUCCACCGUUCAACAUGAUGAUUCUUGCAAGAGGAUCCCCAAACUUCAAAAUGGUUUCAGCUCUCUGUGACUGGACUGAAAGCUAACUGCCACAUUGGACCCUGUGUCAGAAAGGGCUCUCCAAUAUUAUUGAUGGGGAGAAAAAAAGGGGGGAAAAACAAGUUAGCACUUUACUUCUAGAAUUCUCCGGCUGAAGGAAGGAAUCCCAGACGUUGAAGUUGUGCCUGGCUCUUCUGUGCGCCUGCCAUUUUGAUAGUUGGGGACCGUUACGUAUGUGUGUGUGCUCACGUUCAUGUAUAUGCUGUGUAUACCCUAAUCAUUAAUUGUACUUUUACAUGACAUAGAAGAAGACAUUAAAGUGAAUGGGAGCUGAA